AUUCAUUCCAAUCCGCUUUUCACGAAACUCUUGCACAAAAAUCUAAGAAAAUGGUUGCGGUGCAAUUCGUAAUACGUUUAAUCUUAAUUCUACAUGUGACCGUAAAGGUAACAGGUAGAUGCGCCAUACCUGACUAUUUCCAUGGAGACUGGUACAGUCAGGAAUCGGGAAAUGACGUCAUUACAACGAUAACUGCCGAGAAAUGGGACAGCGAUGAGGACGAAACUGAGUUAAAUUGUGAGAAUUUGUUCAUUCACCCCAACCCCGGGCCCCAACAGGCUGGCAACAAUGUCACGAUGUUUAUGGUCAGCAGUGGCGGUUCGGGAAGCUGUUACUUUUGUGUAGAUGUUUUAUGGAGAACAAGCAACAUUUUGCAAUAUCGAAAAGGUGAUUGUAUACCUGCUGAUGUAGGGUAUGGUAUUUCUCUGAAUAUCUCCUGUAAAGCUAUGAAUCCCUUGUAUGGCCUUCCACUCACUGUAGACACCGUCACUAUGUUUAGACAAAUUCCACAACGAGUUAACUGCGAAUCUAUGUUCAAAGGAUUGUACCAGUUUUCUUAUGAGGUUGAACAAGGAGACGGAGGCAUAUGUGACAACCCUGACAAUCAAAUCAAAGCUUGUCAAAAUCCAGGAUCCCGAUACGUAGACAACGAAGUCUUCUCAAUGACGUAUGCCAGCUGUCCAAAUGUACUCACGUCAAGAGAUAAAAACUUGAGAUACCAGUGUCUGGGCACAUGGGAUGCUGAACAGUAUGGUGUGGUUUACACGUUUGCUGCCAUUGCAGACCCUGUAGAGACGAACCCCAGAGAUAGAUUCCAGUGUUUGAUGACAUUAAAAUCUCAAAGAGGAGACAAGAAACGAUGGGUGAUGUCCCGUUUUGCUGAUUGUUCACUUUUGAAUAGUAUUUACAGUGGACCAGUCAAAUUAGUGCUGAAAAGCAUUGCUCCUUCAGCUGAGAACACGGUCUCUCGCUGUAACCUGCCAAGCGAUAUUGCAGGAAAAUGGGAAACCACGGGGUCAGGAUUCAGAUUUGAUGUAAUCAUAAAUGAAACAAAUAUCCGUUUCCAAACUGAACCAAAUGCAAUUGAUUUCGUGGAUUCUAUAUUCGCAUGUCAGGAAAAAUCAGGUACCAGGUACCUAAUGACACGAGUUAUGGCUGGAGAAUGUAAAGAAGUCUUUGUAUGCAUGGAUAUUUUGCCACAAACUAACAACACAGUUAGAUACAGACUAGGUAAACCAGAGCCAAUUCCGAUGUAUAUCCCCCAGGGAGGAUUAGAUAUUACCGGAAUGUUUAGGAUUGCUUGUCAUUGGUUCGAUCGUGUCGAUAUCGAGGGAAAUCAGGGUUAUGAAAUCCUUAGUCGUAAAGUAAAUAUCAAUUGAUAUUUACCAAAGAAAGGACUAUUAUAUUGAAUGCGGCCAGUGCCCAGUCGAAGUAUGGAAUAAAUUUGUUUUAAAGCAUGUUCA